UCCUCCCUCCCUCCUUCUCUCGCUCGGCUCCCCUCCACUCUGCUCUGCGCUCUGCGCUCCGUCCGUAGCCACUGACGCCGCCGCGGAGCCCUCUGCGGGGUAGAUAUCGCCGCAGCUCUGCGCUCCCCCUCGCUCCGCUCGCUUUCUCACUCGGGCCAGCCCCGCGCAUCCGCGAGAGCGGAGGAGACAGGAGGGGGCGGAAAUCCAAAGCGAGCAGGAGCGCGCCAGGAGAAGUGGGCUGCCCGCCCCCCAUCCCGCCACCCCCUCCCUCUCAGCUACCCUUGGGCUUCGGGAAACCUUGACGACUUCCCCCAGACUUUCUGCAUGACUGUCACAAAGAUGUCCUGGCGCCCGCAAUACCGAAGUUCCAAGUUCCGGAAUGUCUACGGGAAGGUGGCCAACCGAGAGCACUGCUUUGACGGCAUCCCCAUCACCAAGAAUGUGCAUGAUAACCAUUUCUGUGCUGUCAACGCCAGGUUCCUUGCCAUUGUUACAGAGAGUGCAGGAGGUGGAUCCUUUCUUGUAAUCCCCCUGGAGCAGACAGGUCGAAUUGAGCCCAACUAUCCCAAAGUUUGUGGUCACCAGGGCAACGUGCUUGACAUCAAAUGGAACCCCUUCAUUGACAACAUCAUUGCAUCCUGCUCAGAGGACACAUCAGUACGAAUAUGGGAGAUCCCAGAGGGUGGCUUAAAGCGGAACAUGACCGAGGCGAUCCUAGAACUUUAUGGACACAGCAGGAGAGUGGGGCUUGUGGAGUGGCAUCCGACCACCAACAACAUCCUGUUUAGUGCUGGCUAUGACUACAAGGUUCUCAUCUGGAACCUGGAUAUUGGGGAGCCGGUGAAAAUGAUUGACUGCCACACAGAUGUGAUCCUUUGCAUGUCCUUCAACACAGAUGGCAGCCUGCUAUCCACCACCUGCAAGGACAAGAAGCUGAGGGUGAUUGAGCCCCGUUCUGGCCGAGUGCUCCAGGAAGCCAGUUGUAAGAACCACAGAGUAAAUCGGGUGGUAUUCCUUGGCAACAUGAAGAGGCUCCUCACAACAGGCGUUUCCAGGUGGAACACCAGGCAAAUUGCCCUCUGGGACCAGGAAGAUCUAGCUAUGCCUCUAAUCGAAGAAGAGAUAGAUGGUCUUUCUGGACUCCUGUUUCCCUUCUAUGAUGCUGAUACACACAUGCUGUAUUUGGCAGGAAAGGGAGAUGGAAAUAUCAGAUACUACGAGAUUGGAUCAGAGAAGCCAUAUCUAAGUUACCUCAUGGAGUUCCGCUCCCCAGCCCCACAGAAAGGUCUGGGGGUGAUGCCCAAGCAUGGUCUGGAUGUGUCAGCUUGUGAAGUAUUCCGGUUCUACAAGCUAGUGACCCUGAAAGGCUUGAUUGAGCCCAUCUCCAUGAUCGUGCCUCGGAGGUCAGAGUCUUAUCAGGAAGACAUUUACCCCAUGACCCCAGGAACGGAGCCAGCUUUGACCCCUGAUGAAUGGCUGGGAGGCAUCAAUCGAGAUCCAGUGCUGAUGUCUUUAAAAGAAGGCUAUAAGAAAUCUCCCAAAGUGGUGUUUAAGGCCCCAGUCAAAGAAAAGAAGAGUGUUGUGGUCAAUGGAAUAGAUUUAUUAGAAAAUGUCCCACCCAGGACAGAAAACGAGCUCCUCCGAAUGUUCUUCCGACAGCAGGACGAGAUUCGGCGAUUGAAAGAGGAGCUCUCCCAGAAAGACAUCCGCAUUCGGCAGCUGCAGCUGGAACUCAAAAACUUACGGAACAACCCCAAGAACAAUUAGCUCCCCAAAGGCUCAUUUUCUAAAUAAACUCUCUGUUUAUAUUUGCUCUUUAAUUUUCCUCCCAUUCACUCUCUCCUCUACCCAUCCCCCUACCUUCUUCCCCAUCCCCAUCCCCAUCCCCACCCCCACCCCCAAGACAAGCCAGUGCUUGAGCAGCUUGCCAACGGGCUGCGCUCACCGAUAACUGGAAUUAUGUGCUUUGGUCCCUUUAUCUCACACUAAAAAGAGGCAACAGAUGACCCUGUCGGACUGACCAGUGCUGCUGUAACUGAAAACUACUGUCCUUGGAGAGGGCUGGCUCUGGAUUUCUACCCUUACGGUUUUCUUGGAGGAACUAGUGGGUAGCCUCUCUUCUGAUGGAUCAUCAGAUUAUAGAUCUCACCAAGAGGAGCUACUUAAAGCUGGCCGGAAGACUACCUGGAGAAGCUGGGGGAAGCGAGGUUGACCGCGGUUAACUUUUCCCAUGCAGAGGGCGGCAGCGGGAAUACACAGCUCUCAAUAGCUGGAGCUCAAAGCCACUUGCUUGUAGAUGCCAUAAAGUAAGGGCUUAAUUCGCUGAUAUUAUUCGAAAGAUUCCCUUUUCCUCCUUUUCUUCCACUUCCCUCCUCUCAUCUUUCAAAACAGCCCCUUUAAACCUCAGUUCUUAACUUGGAAGAGCCAGGUUUCCUUUUUUCC